GGACUGGUCAAGCUGCCUGAGGAUGCCCUCGUAAAGGCGGAAAGCCCCGAAAAGCAGGAGCGGAGCCCCUGGAUGCAAAGCCCACGGUUCUCGCCGCCUCCCCCAAGGCGGCUGAGCCCCCCAGCCUGCACCCUGCGCAAGCACAAGACCAACAGGAAGCCCCGGACGCCCUUCACCACGGCGCAACUGCUGGCCCUGGAGAGGAAAUUUCGGCAGAAGCAGUACCUGUCCAUCGCCGAGCGUGCCGAGUUCUCCAGCUCGCUCAGCCUCACUGAGACCCAGGUGAAGAUCUGGUUCCAAAACCGCCGCGCGAAGGCCAAGCGGCUCCAGGAGGCCGAGCUGGAAAAGCUGAAGAUGGCAGCCAAGCCCAUGCUCCCGCCUGCUGCUUUCGGCAUUUCCUUCCCGCUGGGCGGCCCGGCCGUGGCCAGUGCUUCUCUUUACGGCACCUCCAGUCCUUUCCAGCGGGCAGGGCUGCCACCGGCGGCGGGCCUGCCAGUGGCUCCUGUGGGACUGUACACAGCACAUGUGGGAUACAGCAUGUACCACCUCACAUAGAGCUGAGCAC